AUGGCCGCAGAUGACGGCGGGGGCGGCGAGCCCCCCAAUGAAGUCGCCUUAGUCGAAGAGGCAGGUAGUGGAGGAGCUUCCUCAUCGACCGCCAAGGCUGCCGUCGUGCAGGAUGCGCCAGCUUUGGCCCUAAAUUGGAUAUUCGGGUUCUGCAAGGACGUCAUCUCAGGAGUGCAUCAUUUAUUAUGAUUGCAGGCCUCUUGUUAGAGUUUAACCUUGUAGUUGUUCUUUACGCAUUCUUCGUGUUAGGGUUGUUCAAUUGAAUAUUAUGUAUGAUUGUCAUAUAAGUAAGUACGGAUCCUACUUAACAUGGCCAUUACUAAUAUUUCUGUACUUCUCUAUACUUUACCUAGCUACUAUCUUUCCUUUUUUCUUUUCCUAGUUAGCCUUAGCUUGGCUCCACCCAUAUUAUCAUAUAAGUAAGUAGUUUAAUAUGGGCAAAUAAGAAUAACCCUUUCUCUUUCAAUAAUAGAAGAGGAAGAAUCUUCAAGAUCCAUCUUCAUCAAGAUCCAUCUUCAAGAAGCUGAUUGAUCCUCCCUCCUCUAAGACACGGCGGCAGCGAAAUUUUCUACCCAGCAGCACAUACAGGAGUGAUAUACGACACGGCUACAGGGCAGCAGAAAUUACUGCAAGGACACGUGAAUCAGAUUACUGCGAGCUACCUCAGUCAAGACAAAAGAUGGAUCGUCACUGCGGAUACGGGGAAGGAGAGUAUGUUGUUAAGGCCCGCUUCCUCUUCCUACAUGAGUUCUGCUCGAGUAGAAGUAGCUCCCUGCGUUUUUCCUUACCUCAAGGUUUGUCGAGUGCUGCCAGUAUCAUAGAAAUCCUGGCAAACCACGUCUCUACGGUCAUCAUGAACGAUGGCAACAGGGACAACACACAACAGCAUGCGUAAACAUAAUCCUUCUUGCUUCCUCGUCUUGCUUGGAGUUACCUUCAGUUUCACUUCGAGGGGAAAAGAAGAAUAAGUAUCCGGAUCAUGGUCUUCAAGACGGAUGUUUUGGAGCUAGGGAAUAGAAGGAUAUCAGUGUCAUGGUCUUCAAGACGGAUGGAUUUUUAUAGUGAGCUCUAAUGCUGACAGUAUGGGACAGACAUACUGGCACACCGGUGAAGAUUAUGUUCUCACCGUAUCGAAAUGGCGUCCAGGCGUUAGAUAUGACUCCAGAUAGUAAGUAUUUGGCGACCCUUUCGGCGCCUGAGAUGGACGGCGCAGAACUCAAACAAUAUCUCAGCGUGUGGGAUUGUUAUGGCAGUCUAAGAGAUGAUACACAUACUUAGAUACUUAGAUGAAUUAUAGUAAUAUACUUUGUGAAGUUUCAACAUACUUAGAUCCUUAGAUGGAUUAUACUUUGUCUUUGUGUGACGUAGUUGGUGGUAGGGUCACCACGACAGGGAAGGUCUAGUAGUAAUGUUAGAUUUGAAUUUUGAACGCCUCAAAAAAUAGAGUUAACCUUAGCCUUUGCAGUAGGAAUCUUCAGGAGACGACAGUUUUGUCCCAUGAAAUCGCAAGUCUUCUAAGACCCGACCUCCGAGAAUAGCGACGCACCGAUCUGCACAGCGUUGAUAGGAACGCAAGACGUGCAGACUUGUGUGGUACUAUUUUUUACUACGUUUUUACCUGAGAGAUAAUGCAUUAGACUUCUAGGUCGUUAGUUGAGAGCUGUCUCACCUGUGUCAUCGGUUUCGAUGUUGUGAUACCUCAUCAAAUUUAUUUCACCAUACUGUUAUUACGUUUUUACCUUAGCUAACACUUCGCGUCUCGUCCUUUCUGCGGUUCCAAUCCCGGCACAUAUUCAUCAAAAAGUCUCUCUUCAGGUUUUCAACCGUUGGAACAUCUCGGAGAUAGCGACGAACGGUAGGAGACGUGUCUUUUUCUGGACGUGGGAUGAGGAUAAAAUGGCAGGAGGCAAGUUCCAAUUCUAUUCUCCUGCUCUAGCUGCAAAAGAUUUCAAGCAGAAAGUCGGAGAUUUCACACAGACGCUGUUUCUGCCGAAUAGCACACAAGCGGCGACAGGUAUUCAUUGUUUCUUUGCGUCAGAUAGAGGCAGCAUAGCACACAAGCGUUGACGGGUAUAUUGGUUCAUUGUUUGUUUGCGUCAGAUAGAGGUUUGCUUUGGUGAUUUUUAGGAUUUUGAGAGAGUGCUGAAGAUUUUGUUAUUGCUAGUUGUGCUUAGAUUGAUCUGCAGUUGCGAGAGUGCUCCUUUUGUUAUUGCUAGUUGUGCUUAGACUGAUCUGCGGACGAUCUUCAUAAGGAAUUGUAUUCUAUCGUCCUCCCAGGUACGAUGGAUGGCGAUGUAGUAAUAUGGGACCAUUCCUUGAUUGUGGACGAACUCUCCAGGCCUGACGAGAGGAGAGCAGUGAAAAUCUUGCGCCUUUGCCCAGAUGUGUGCUUGAACGCAUUGAAGAUUCAUGUUACGGCUGAGGUUGUUUAUCUUCCUGUGUAGUACAACAUUUCUGAGCUUGAGGUAGUUCGCUUUUUUUCAGCGCUUCUCCUCACUCAUGACCCGCUGAUGGGCCUAGCAAUGCAGGGAACAUGUGCACAGUGGAGGUAGAAAUACGUAACGAACUAUUUUCUUGGGCCUAGCCAUGUGCACCGUGGAGGUAGAAAUAAGUAUUUUAUUUUCUUGGGCCUAGCAAUGCAGGGAACAUGUGCACAGUGGAGGUAGAAAUACUUUCGCUGUUGGGCCUAGCAAUGCGCGGAACAUGUGCACAGUGGAGGUAGAAAUACGUAACGAACUAUUUUCUUGGCCCUAGCGUGCACAGUGGAGGUAGAGAUACUAAGUAACGAACUAUUUCUGCUGACUUUCGUAGUCACCCAUCAUCCUCGGAUGCGAGCAGCGGGUGCUUGUGGGGCUCGUUGUGAAGGAUCCAUAACCUAACCUAACCUACCUGCCGUUCUUGCUUCUACAAAGCAAUCAAGAUGCAAGCUCUUGACAACUGCUAAUAUUCGCAACUACGUCGUAGUCGGGUCUUCUGAUGGCGCAGUUCGAUUCUACGACUACCAAUUUCGGCUCCAAGCCUGGUUUGAGGACCUCUGUGCUGGCAGCGUGACCUCAGUCAGCUUUGACUCGGGAGAGGAGCAAAGUGCGGAUGGCAAUGUUACGAAAUGCAUCUUUUGUUCAAUCACUUCAUUUUUUUUACAUUAGAGGUAAAUAAUUUUAAUUAUUCUCGGGCAACAAGAAUAAUAUGCUCAGAUGAACAAGUAGUAAGUACUUGUUCCAGUUCUUGGAGAACUUCUCUUCCUUCGAUGUGCGUCUUCUAACCUUCGCGGCAGCGGUCAGCAAGGAUCCGAGCAGUCAGCUGCCUCGAGUGACUUCCAAUUCUCCUGUCCAAACUUUAUUGUCGCAACAGCCAGUGCCUUAGUGGUAGCUUGUAGAAGCGACCUCUUCUUCGAGUUGGAGCCGCAGCAACGAAGAGGUCGGCUCAUAUUACAAGGGUUGGACUCACCAGUUCACGGAGUAUGCUGUCACCCGACCGAGCCACUAUUGGCGGUAGCGGGACUUUCCGGGUUCAUCCACCUCUGGAACUUCCACUCGAAAACACUGCAGACGGUGAAAAUUUUCGAAAAGAUUCUACCGAAUAUACUGGAAUACAGCAAAUCCGGGUUGUUGGCUAAGGCUCUGGUCGUGAUGCUCGAUUUCGAUAAGUGAUUCAUGUCCGAACUAAGUACAUAAGCUCUCCUUCUGGUCGUGAUGCUCGAUUUCGAUCAGUGAUUCAUGUCCAAACUAAGUACAUAAGCUCUCCUUCUGGUCGUGAUGCUCGAUUUCGAUCAGUGAAGAGAACAUGAAUAAACCAUUGAAAAUACUGCUUCUAAUUCACCCGUCGGCUUCACCAACGGGCAAAUCAGGAUACUGAAUAGCGAAUUAGCAGAGGUGGCACAGUUUAGGGAAAGCAGGGAUCCGGUGACGCAUCUCGCAUUUAGCGAAAAUAGCGAUUUCUUAGCUGUCGCACACUCGGAUAGAUCGGUAUAGAUUUUUGGUGUACAAAAACCAAAAUUUUGUUGAAUGUUAAGUUCUCUUGAGUUCAUGCUUUUAUAAUUGUAGUUCCAGAAUUGCACAGAAGAAUAACAGCAUGAACUCAAGAGAACUUAACAUUCAAAGAAUAACACAUGCGGUACAACAACUCGCAUUCAUAGGCCGUACAAGAACAACGCUCCUUUUCAGGUCUGCCUCUUCCGACAUGAUGUUGGCGCCACAAGAGGGGACGCGAAGAGUCAGAAGACUUGGAUAGCAGCAGGGAAACAGAGAUGGCACCAUGCCCCAGUGGUGGGACUAUGCUUUAGUCAGAGUUAUGAUUUGAAUUAGUCAAACUCAAAAUUAGUCAGGAUAAGGAUUGAGGUCCUCACCUUCUUCAGAAUGAUCAGAACGAGAGUCUGUUCUUGCUCUUGCUGGAAGUAGAUCAGGCAUCUCAACGGUGUCUACGAUCCAGAAAAUGUUGCUCUUUGCUGGAAGUAGAUCAGUGACAUCAGUCAGGCAUCGCAACGUGGUCCACAUAAGUUCCUCCUCUCUAGAUGAAGUUGUUCUCCGGGAGAAGCACGUUGUUCCCAUCUAAUCAAAAGUCUCCCCAUUGCGUCUUUACUCACUGGGUGAGGACAGGAAGCUUGUCGAGUACGAAUGCGCUUUCGCGAGCGACUACCCUGAAGACGAGCAGGUUGGCUUCCCGCCUCUAUCAUCAACUGUGGUGGACCAAGAAGCAUUACCUACCGGACUCAGCUUCUUGGAUUGUGGACUCGUCAUAUCCACUUCUGAGUUUAAAUUCAAGACGUAUAGAAACCGCAUGUGCCGAAGGACCUCCUUGGCGCCGACCUAUGGAGGUCCGGUUAGAAAGAUGGUGCCAGCAAAGGGAGAAGAUGACAGCUUUUUACUGUACGCGACUGGGAAUAAGGUCUAUAAUUGUCUUCGUUGUAGUUCCGUCUGUGACAAGGAUUGGGAAUAAGAUUAAAUGUUGCUACUCGUCGUUUAAGUUUUCCGUUUUACGCUGCGCCUGUAACAUCCAUACAACUAUUAAUCGAAAACUCUUCCACAGGUAAUAGGACUUCUGCAGCAACCACUAGACGGAAAUCCCUAUAGGCAAAUGGGCGUGAUAGCGCAUCCGGGGCAGGUGUCUGCAAUCACCGUAGAUCCACAAGGUACUUGCUCAGCGUAGAUCCACAAUCUUCAUUUUCUGUAUCAGUGAUGAGGUACAUACAACAGGUAACAUACUCAUCUUCAUUUUCUGUAUCAGUGAUGAGGUACAACAGGUAACAUCAUACCCAUCUUCAUUUGAUGUAUCAGUUAUGAGGUAACAUCAUCAUCCACAAGAUUUAUUAUGACUGAUGCGAUGAUGAGUCCUGCGUUCGGUUGCGAUGAUGAGUCCUGAUGAUGAGCAGUACCACGAAGACUAACUCAACAAUGUGUUUCAGGAAAAUUUGCUUUUUCAGCCGGUGGAGAGGAUUUAACGAUAAAUAUGUGGGCUAUCGACACCGAACCAGUGACAACAGCUGCAUUGAGGUUAAGACUCUUGUCUUGACAAGGGUAGUAGUAUAGAUACAAACAUCUAUCAUGCCAAUAGCCUCCUGUUGUACCGAUUGUGGUCAGGACAGGUGGUUGCAAGUUAAAACGCAAUGAUGCAGACUUCAAAUCAGAUGACGUUGAUUUCUACCAGAGCACAGUCCUUGUCUGGUACCAACAAUUAUUACCAUGCAUCGACGUCAUUGACUAACACUAACGGCAAUCAUCUGUUCAAACAAAAAUAAGCCCGCUCCUCUAAUCAAGGGUGGUAGUGGAAUCGCUCCAUACCUGAAGCUUAUCGAUGAUGACUUCUUAGCGGAAAUUCGGGAUUACUUUUACUACUGCCAGAUAAGAAGUCACGGCGAAAGGACGACACAAAAGUACUCUUUUUAGAAUACAUACAAGUAGACUUUCUCUGUCUUUGUUCUAGAUUCUAGUGUUCCUUUAGUCUGCAUGUCGUCCACCUUUAUGUUCUAGUUGAAACUUGUUGAUUACAAUUAGACGAUGCAGAUCCAGAUGCUGAUCAUGCUUACAACUUGAACUUUUGAAGCUAUUUCCACGUGUACCACACCCAGAUACGUCCUCGAUGGAACCAUCCCGCUGAGUGAAGUGCCGUACCUCAUGUGCGCGCUAGGCUGCUUUCCAACGCAGACAGAGAUCGCCAAUAUGAUACAAGAGGUCAAAGGAAGCAACUUCGAGCAAACAGGCAAGUACGAAGAGAAGCUGAACUUCGAAUCAUUUGUCAAGCUCUACGUCAAUCACAGACCGGUUUUCCAGGUACGAAUAAAGUUUAAAAAGAAUUUGAGAAAUUUUGUUUUUGACUACAAAAGUCAGGAAAUUUUUAUACAUGACUUUGUACACAUCCUGGAAGUGACAUCCAGGUCGAUACCGAAAUAUUAGAGAACGCUGUCUUGGUUUUGGCUGAGGGAAGCAAGCGGAACCUGCUGGAAAAAUUAGUCACUGGUGGCGAGGCUUUCAUUAUGGCACGACUUCUAGAUUUGGAUGAUUAGUUGUAUAGUACUCCAACCGUCGACGAUAUGAGACUCUGACUCUUCAUCUUCUGAGACUGAGAUUAGUCGUGAGAUGAGUAUUCCUAUUUUCAGAUCAGGCUGAUGCAGCUCAAUCAAGGGGAACAUUUUUUAACGUAGAGUUCCCAUUCCGUAAUAAGUCUUCGACUUUCUUCGUUGACCACCCUCAGGUUUCAACAUCUUAGACUCUAGGCUCUUCUUCUAAUCUUGGCGACGAAGAGUUGGAGAACUGUUUGAAAGCAUUGACGGGACAAGCAACUCUGUCGCCAGAAACGGACCAUGUAGAUGGAAGGGAGUUUGUGAGCGAAGUUCUCGGAUUUGCUGACGCAGAAGCCUAGGAGUGGUUGAACCGGUCUGUACAAGUACUAGAUGGAAUGGAGAUUCAUCGGAAUAAGUCGGAAUUGGUGGUCGAAAUAUGGUGAUAAAGGUACGGCUCGAAUUCGUGCCUAGUAUCAAUUCAAUUUGAAAUUCGUCGUAGAUAGAUUGUUUUUACCGAACACUUUCAAGCUCAUCAACAAGACUAAAGGAUUAUUUAUACACUUUCAGAUUCAGAUUCAGUACAGUGAGAAAUAUAAUGAUAGAUGUCGGAACAGGAACUGGGCGUCCGAAAAGUGCUACUUGCGCCGCAAGUAAAGCAGUCUACAACUACCUAGGUGGCAUAGACAUACUAUACGGACCAAGUUUUUCCAAAAAACUGUAACUAUUGUGGACAUGAUGGAUUGAAAAUUAGACGUACGAUGAAAAAAACAACGUUUGCCUUAUUGAUUCCUCUUACUUACGACAUGCUGCUCCGGAACUCACGAGCAUUUCAGAACAAACACAGAUACUUAGAUAAGUAUGAGAAUUAGAAUGACAAGAGAGAUCAAGAAGAAGAAAGGAUAUGAGUAAACGAAGAGCAU